AUGUCUCAAGGUGAGUUCUAAUUUUAUUAUACUAGGCAUCUGCAAUUAUGGCCGACCUUUUUAACAAUAAUCCUUCAUUUCCAGGACCGAGUAGCGAUUUGGACUCCCAAGGGUAAGAAGUUGCUAAUUCUCUGUUCUCCCAUCGUUUUUGGGGGGAGUUGGACUAUUUUCGAAAAGAUUUUUUAGAUUUUGGAUAAUAUUUUCCUUUUUAGAGCCAGCUCCAUGCGCUUCUUGUUCGGUGGAAGUGCGGAGGCAUUGAAGGCCGCUGAGUUGGCGGCGUUGAAGGCUCAGACCCAAGCCGAUGAAGAAGACGUUCAAAGUUCCGAAAAUCGGCAGCAAACAGAAAGAGACGAUACUAAUGUAAGAAAAUUUGAAUUUUUUGUUGAAUUUUAGGUGAAUUCAGGCGGAAGAUGUAGAAAUGUGAUGUCUCCUUUUCUUAGAGCUUUUAUUAUAGCCAUUUUCAAUCUAAAUUUUGCGGAACUGAACUCUUUCUUAUAUUGUACUUGACUAAAAGGUCUUCUUUCAGCAUGGGAAUGGCGAUGGUCUCAGCACAGUCUACGAAGAAUCCGCCGAAACCCCGGUAGAGAUUGCAGAAUCACAGUCAAAUGGAAAUGGGACAACUCAAGAAGUUCCAGAGGAAAAGAUCGAGGAGCAGCCGCAAGAGGUCCCAGAAGUUGUUGAGGAUAAUGUCGAGAACUUCCUAGAAGAAAAGGAAGAGACUCAACAAGCUCCAGAAGAGCCCAUGGAGGUUGGGGAAGAAGAAGAGAGUGCCGAAACGGCUGAGCCUGAAGUCGAGGAGCCAGUUGAGGAAGUUCAACAACAAGAAGAUGGAGAAGAUAAAAUUGAUGAGGUGGAGGAGCUUCAGGAAGAUGAAGAAGUGGAUGAACAAGUCCCAGAAGAGCCAGUAAUUGUUGAGGAACCGGGGGAAGAACCAAAAGCUCAGUCUGAAGAGCCAAGGGAACAAGAAGAACAGCAAAAUGAAGAAGACAAAACCUCAAAAACAGCAGUUGAGAACUCCCAAGGCCCUGAACUUUUAUCCGUUUGGGCUCAGAAACCCGAAUCCGAGCAGAUUGAGUCUCCAGAAACUGUUAUUGAGCCCGCUGAAGUUGGAGAAAAGGAUAAAGAUCCAGCUGAAGAAGCAAAAACUGUAGAGGACGAGGAAAUUUCACAGCCAGAGGAACCGGAAGAAGCAGCUGCAGGUAAAAAACUUUUAUUUUUUUGACUAAACUGAUUAACCUUUGUCUAGUGUAAUAUAAUUUUUUGCUUGAAAAUGAAAUUUUUUGACCUUGUUAGCAUCGAUUUGAUAUUAGAAUGCUAUUUUGAGUCAAAUAAUUGUAUUUUUCAGCUAAAACUCCCCGUUCCACUCGCCGUGGCCGAAAGUCCGAAGCCGAUAAAGCCCAGGAAACCCCCAAACCGGCUCCAAGAUCAAGCCGGCGCAACAAACAAACUGAAAUUGAAGAGAGCGUUGAGGAAAAGGAGGAAGAGAAGCCAGAAGAACCUCCAGGUAAGGGAAAUUGACCUUAUUUUAGAUAAUUUCGGGUGUUAUUUUAGCUAAAACCCCCCGUCGAGGACGUCGUUCCGUCCCAGAAGCGACUGAAAAGCCAGUUGAACAGCCGAAAUCAGCUCCCAGAGGACGUCGCGGCCGAAGAUCAGAGCCGGAAAAGGUCGAGGAAGAGGAGGAAAAGGUGGAGGUUGAGACAGAAGAGAAAGAAAAGAAGCCGGAAGAGGUCGAUGAGGUAGUUGAGGAGGUCGAAGAAAAACCAAAAAGUGAGGAUUUAAAUAUUUUUUGUUUGGAAUUUUAGGUUGAAUAAUACGACGAUUUUUUACAAAUUUGGACAAAAGUAGAGGGAAUGCUGAAGAAGGAAUUAAUUUUUGAUCCUUUUAGCCUCAGGCAGAACCCCCAGAUCCGCCAAAAAGGCCGACAAAACCCCAGCUUCCACGGCCAAGCCGAAGAAAACUCGGCUCUCUCAAGCCGAUAAACUCAAGGAGGAUCUGAAGGAAAGCGGGAUCACUAUCGACGAAGACACCCCAGCCGGUGGCCGUCGAUCCAGCCGAAGAAAACCGGCAGAAGAACCGAAAGCCGCCGAAACACCGAAGCCCCCCAAAAAUACCCCGAAAUCCAGAAAAACCCCGUCGAAAAAGGAUACCCCCAAGGAAAAGGAAGAGGAAAAGGACGAAGAAAUGGAAGUAGAUGAAGAAGAGAAGGAGGAGGCAGAAGAAGAACCCAAGCCGACCCCGAGAAGAGGCCGAAAAGCGGCCGAGAAAUCGGAAGUAACCCCCAAAAAGCCGGCCCGCGGAAGAAAACCGGCCACGGAACCGAGGAAACCCGCCAAAAAGGCGACGAAUUUGAAUAAAACCGCCGAUCCGGAUGAUCCAUUCAAUUUCGACUCACAAGGAAAUAAUCAUCCACAGCCGCUUUUCAGCGUAAGCCGAUUUUUGAGAUUUUUUGGGAAAUUUUUUAUUUUUGAUUUUUUUUUGUUAAAUUGAGAUGAUUUUUGAAUUUUUUUAGGUGACCAAAGCCGGAUUCAGCAACAUCAAGUUCACGUUGUCGCCGAGGAACAAAAAACCAGCCGAGUAUGUUGUAGUAGAAAGAAUUGUUACCUAAAAUUUUUGCAAAUUUAGGGCCAGAUAUGCGAACACCGAGAAAGCCGUCGCCGAAAGACUGCAGUCCCAGCCGGAAGACCCCGAGGAGCCAGAACAGUGUCAGUUGUCCAUCACCGAGCUCAGCACCUCCACGCCGUCGGGGAAAGCCGCUUUGAAGUCGGUGACUCCAAGAUCAGCGCAAAAAACUCCGAAGGCAAGAACUCCGGCUGAACCGAAAAGUGCACAAAGGGCUCCUAAGUAUGUUUUGAGGGCUUGGGAAGGUGUUUUUUGUUGUUUUAGGGAGUUUCGGGCAAUUUCAGGUUUUCGUGGUGGGACCCAAUUUUUUUAAAAUUUUGAGAGAUGCUUGGAUUUUUGGAGCUAAUAUGAGUUUUUGUGUGUGAAAUAGUAGAAAAUAGAAAAAUUGUGGGUAAUAGACAUCAUUGGUUCCAAAAAACCUUAUUUUAGACAAAAACUUUGCUGAAAUUGAAAAAAAGUUGAUUUUUUGGUAUUUUUGGAGUAAAUGUGUAUAAUAAUGUCUUUAUAAUGUUCCAGAGAAAAGAAAGAAACCCCCAAGGCUGUGGAGAAACGCGCCGAACCCGAGAUAACAGCUCCAGUUGUCCCGAAAGAGGAUCAAAAAGACAUUGACUUCGCCCAUGAACCCUUCCCAACCGGAAUGCGAGUUUUUGCCCUCUGGGGAAGAGAACUCUAUCCCGCGAUUGUGGUCGACCGCGACGGACUCGGCCGUUACAAGGUGUUCUUUGUUGAAGAUAACCUCCAUCGAGACAUCCCACCAACUGGAAUCGUCCCGUUAGCCUGGCUCAAAGAGGGCACAAGUCUCACCAUUACCAACGAUGACGAGCUACAGGUCGAUGUGCAGGUCACCAAUGUCCCAGCGACGGACAAUGUGGAGGAAUGGGUGAACGCAAUCUUUGAAGUGAAGGAUGAAGAAGGAAACUAUAAAACGUAGGGUUUUGAGGAGUUUGUAGUGGAAGAUUGAGGGCUAGAAUUAAAAGGAAAGUACUUCUAUGGAGUAUGGAGUUACAGGUCGAGACAUAUAUCAAAAAAUCGCAAAAUUUUUCUGAUUCAGAAUGUGUAAAAGUUAGCUGCUUAAUUUUGGUUUGUAAGGGUGAAAAGUCCACAGAACUUUUCUCGCCACACCACGCAAAUGCCUUUUUGAUCAAGUUUUUAUCAAUUCAAAAGUUUUGUUUUGAGCUAAAGUAAACUUUCACAAGCCUUAAAAUAUCAAAUUUGAUUAAUGCUACACCUUAGUAGAAGUUACAAUGUAAAAAAGAGGCGUUGUAGUAUUAAUCAAAGUUGAUAUUUUAAGGCUUUUCAAGAUGCCAGGGUUUACUUUAGCUCAAAACAAAGCUUUUUAAUUGAUAAAAACUUGGUCAAAAAGGCAUUUUCGUGGUGUUGCGAGACAUAUUCUGUGGAUUUUUCACUCUUACAAAACAAAAUUAGGCAGCUUACGUUUACAUAUUCGGAAUCAGAAAGAUUUUGCGAUUUUUUUGAUGUAUGUCUCGACCUGUAACUCCAUUUACCAUAGAAGUGCUUUCGUUGUAAUUUUUGGUAUUUAACACUAAUUAUUUUACCUUUAGUUUGCCCUGGUCCAAGCUCUACUUGACCCUGCAACAACAAAAAACAAUCGGAGUACCCAAGAAUAAGUCGGUGGUGGUGGGUGAGGACAAUGUGGUCCCAAGAUCUCGCCGAUCCCAUGCCGCCGUCCCCACCACCCCACAAGAGCCCAAGAAGACUCCCGGAAGAAAACGAAAAGCGGAUCAGGAGGAAACGACCGAAACUCCAACAGAACCCAAAGCUAAACGAGGAAGAAAACCGAAGACUCCGCUGGCUGAAAACACACAAGAAGAGGUGGAACUGAGCACGGAGGAGCUGUUCAAAGGCCGUUACUACCUUUUAACUUCAUCUGCUCGACGCGCCAACAGUAAGUUAUAUUGGAGUUGAGGGCAGGUGUAAUAUGGGAGGAAAUUGGUGGAAUUUUAAAGUUUUGAUUGGGUUUUGGAAAGUUUUGGGUGUUUUUUGGGAUGCUUGUGGGUUGGAAAAAGGUUAGAAAUGAUUUGAACGAGCUGUCUUGAUCAUCAGGGUUUUCGUGGUGGGACAAAAAAAAAUUAAAAUUUUUUGAAAUUCAAGCAAAAGUAAGCAGAUUGGCUUUGGAUGUGCAGAAAAUAAAAGAUUAAUGCCGUAUUUUCAGUUACCGAAUUCAACAAACGGGAGUUCAAGGCCAUGAUCGAAGCCAGAGGUGGGCAUGUGGCAGAGGAAAUUUCGGAACUCCCGGAAGACGCGGAGGCCUAUCUGGUGGCGGAUACCUUCUACAGAACCCACAAGUACCUCUUUGCACUGGCUGCGGAUAUUCCUUGCGUUCACUUUAGCUGGGUUCAACAGUGCGUUGAUCAGGUGAGUCUAGUAUAAUAUAAAAAAUUUUAAAAAAUUGGAUUUUUUCUGUUGGAAAUUAGCUAAAAUGGAAUUUAAAUGCUAGUUAGAGAUGUUUGAGAUUAUUUUUUAGACAAGAAAUUAUAGUAUUUGGUGGUGUAAUAUGAUUUUUUUUUCAGAACAAGAUCCUCCCCUACCAAAAUUUCCUUCUCCCGGCUGGAAUCUCGGCCUUGGACGACGAACAGUACCCGUGCAAACCGCUGAAAGGCCGCCUGCUGAAGGGGAAAAGGAUGCUGGUUUAUUCGAGCCAACCGGCCGCCGAAAACGCGGUCCAAUUCACGGAUAUCUGGCGCCCACUGCUGAACACGCUCGGCGCCACGGUCCUCAAGUCUCCGGACUCUAAACACGAAGAAACGAAGCAGUUCAUCAUCGAUAAUGACUUCGAUUACAUGUUGACUGACAGAAGUUGCACUCCGGAGUUGGUCCAGGCCGUCGAAGCGAAGGGAAAGAAGGUAGUCAGCUCAAAUCUGGUCAUCCAUGUAAGUUUUUGGAGGAGUAGAAGUGAUCUUAUGCGGUUUGAUGGGGUUAGCGGCAUUUUGGAGAAGUUGGUUAGGGCGCAGUUCGCGGAAAAUAGAAAUUGAUAAAUUAGCCGUAAUUUUGGAAUAAUCUUAAAAUACAGACUACUUAUGGUCAUAAUAAAGUUUUUUAGUAUUUUUCAGAGGAGUUUUGGGAUUUUAGUAUAUUUUUUAUAUUGUACAUGGUCAUAUUAGACAUCAAUAUUAUUAUUUUUUUCAGGGCAUUGUCACCGGCGAUUGGGUCGACGUCAGCGCCCAUCCAUCCUUCUCACCCUCCGCCUAA